AUGGAAUGCGAGAGCCAAACUCUGCGCGGAAUAUGCGUGAUUCUGGCCAGUUUUCUCUUAGGCCUUUUCAUCCACGCUCUUAUUCCCCAAACUCGCGCUGCUGCGCUAUCUGAAGACCAAGGAUCCGACGAAAGCUCGGGUAAUGAUCAGCCUCAUGACGCUGCGCCCUCCGAGCCCGCCAAGCUUCCGACAACAUCAGGUGCAGAUUUACCCGCCACAGGCGUUGCCGAUGGCAUCGUGACGGACACUCGGCAGCAGAAUACAGCCCUCGUUCCCACCGCCAAAGCCCCCGAACAUCAUGCGAUAGCUAUGGCUUCUCCGUCGCUGUUCAGCACGCCUCUUGUCUUGACUGCCGAGCCUCGACCACCGUUCCAACCGAACGUUCGAAGCUUGACGCAGAUACCGAGGACUACGUUGCCGCCGUGGGAAGUUGCUUUCGAAGCCAACGUCAAGAACAGCCGCCUUUUUCACCUCCCGGAAGAAAUCCUGCUUCUUAUCCUGCAGCUCGCCGAUAUUCCAGACUUGUACAUGUGGCGCCAAGUUUCCUUUACAUUCUGGCGCAUCUACCAGAGCAAGUAUUUCCGGAAUUUCCAUCGGGACGGCAAGUUGUUCUAUGAGAUCGAGAAGGAGGGGCUGAAAGGCUUCGAGCACGAUGAAGAGACUAGGAAACGUGCAAGAGACCAGGCGUAUUGCGAUAAGUGCAUCGCCAAGACACAAUCGAAAAAGAUCGUCAGUCCCUUAUGGAGCCUCCAGUUCAAGACGCUCUACUGUUCUUUCUGUCGAAAAGACCAUCCUCGAUCCUGGUUCUCGCACAAGGAGCGUCAAAAGAAGUAUGUCGGCCUUCGCUGUGUUUCAUGGGAGGGGCACUUCCGAGUCUGCCCUCACGAGACUGUGUCUAUGCCGUUGAUCCUACAAUACGUCGAUCGUAUCGACAUAGCCGGCAAGGAUCGCCACACAUACCACGAUAUUGUCAUUUGUCAGGUCUGCCAGGACGUCGCUGGCAAGCUCGCGGGGGAGGAUAUCCGCACUCGCAAUAACAUUACUCCCCCAAAGGUUUCGUUAUUGAACGCAGGGCCGGACUACCGAGACCGUUCUCAGGUCAUGUUCUUGAUCGAUUGGAAACUCCCUGUCUUUGAGAUUCCCGAGGACCGUGGUGUUACAUACCUUUUCCUACUACAGCGCUUGAGAGAGUUUGAGAAGACAUACGGCGACAUGCUUUGCCCGCACCUUCCUCUCGAGAGACUUCUCGCGUCUUUUGACUCGCGCCUUUGUGUCUGUCUCGGAGGCGACAGAAGAAUCGGCGGCAUAUCGCCAUGCGAGCGCAACAUCGACUGGGUGGACAAGCAUCACCCAGCUCGCGGCUGCAAAAGAAAAAGCACUACUCGGAUCUCGGGUGUUUUCCUGUCCCAAGAUGACAAAUACCCAGUCAAACACGAAGUCACAUGUAGAGAUUAUUGUGGAAAUUUCAUCUGGACCAGAAAGGACCGCUUCGUGUUUCUUAGCAGGCAUACAGCUUCUCUUGUACAUGCAGACGGCACUGGAAGGCCGUGGUAUGCGCAUGCCAAUAAUUUGCUGGAGCCACAAUCAUACGGGGCAAAGGACGACAUCGAGGCGAAGCAUGUCUUAUGGUGCGAUGAUAAGACCUGCAAGAAUGGCAGGAAGUGGAAGGAUAGUAGACACUGA